AUGGGGUUCUUGAACAUUUGGAGUACCGGCAAAGUGCAAAAUCUUGCCAACGCGACACAGAAGGUUUUGCAAGCAGCGUCCAAAGGUGCUUCACUGAUUAUCCUUCCAGAAUGCUUCAACUCUCCAUAUUCCGCCACGAAGUUUCGCGAAUAUGCCGAGCCAUUAUCGGCAUCACCCGACCCGGCGAAACUUCGUUGCAUUGGCACAAAUAGCCAAGGAUACCGGUGCAUUCAUCAUCGGUGGCAUAUACUCUCUCCCAAAGGAGAACUGAUUGCAUUCCAUCGUAAGAUGCACUUGUUCGACAUGGACGUCCCUGGCGGCAUGUCAUUCCAUGAAUCAGAUACUCUGUCCGCUGGGAAGAAGACAACGACCGUGGACCUGGAGGGAUAUGGGCAGAUCGGCCUCGGAGUUUGUUAUGAUAUGCGAUUUGCCGAACUAAGUACUAUCGCAGCCCGACAGGGAGCAUUCGCGCUAGUUUACCCAUCAGCGUUCAACACCACUACCGGGCCUCUACAUUGGGAGCUCCUAGGUCGUGCUCGUGCGGUGGAUAACCAAGGAUAUGGCAUGGUUACUGAUCCGAUGGGUCAAGUUGUUGCUGGUACCAACCAAAGCGAGGACAUUGCUUAUGCUCUGUUGCACCCGGAAACCAUCAAGCGAAGUCGCAUGGCAAUUCCCAUAACUUUUCAGAGAAGGCAUGACGUGUAUCCGGACAUCGGGAAACUUGUUCAAACUUGA